UCGCACGUCAAUAUCCAGUUAACGUGAGAAUUAAAGUAGCUUGAGUGGUACUUUUUGUAAGUUAAAUGUGGCUAUUGAAAUGAUGAUUCAGAAAGAAUAUCAUAAGUUCCUGUCUCUGGUGCGGAUUGAGGUGUAUUUGUAAAUGAUUCAGCAGGAAUGGGCGUUCACGCGUCUCCAACAGGACAAAACUUCCUAAAAAUAGCUCCAGCUCGGGAAAACUGAACUGCCAUUGCAAUGGCUACCGUUCUCCCAAUAACUCAACAGGUCAUUCGGUCUGGACAUGGAAACAGACGAGCUUCACAGGAUCUCAGCAUCUCUGACGUGAACGACUGUUUGAUAUAUGAUCGGCACGGUGCUUGCACAACUUUUGAGAGUUUGUUUCAACGCAGCAAAGCAAUAAUCAUUUUUGUCAGAAACUUCUUGUGCUACACAUGCAAAGAGUAUGUUGAGGACUUGGGCAAAGUACCCCAGAAUAUGUUGCAGGAAUCUAAUGUCAGAUUGGUCGUGAUUGGACAGUCAUCAUGUUCUCAUAUAAAGGGUUUCUGCUCUCUAACAGGCUAUCCUCAUGAAAUAUAUGUUGAUCCAGAGAGACAAAUUUAUAAAAGACUUGGAAUGAGAAGAGGAGAGACAUACAUGGAGACUCCUUCCAAAAGUCCACAUGUGAAAUCCAGCUUGCUUGUCGGCAAUCUGAAAAGUAUGUGGCGUGCCAUGACCAGUCCAGUGUUUGACUUCCAAGGAGAUCCACUGCAGCAAGGAGGCGCUCUUAUUGUAGGCCCAGGUCCAGAGGUUCAUUUUGCUCAUUUUGACAUGAAUCGGUUUGAUCACAUGCCAAUAAACUGGUUACUUCAGUUAGCUGGUCUUAAGACGUUGGACUUCAAUGAUUCCCCCAAAAUCAUUGAAAUUUAAAACAAUGAACUAUUUUAGUAUGAUGGAACGGCACUCUGUGCUUGUGGCUUUUAUAAUGCAACCGUUGGUCUUUGUGUCUUUUUAUUAUUGUAUAUAUUGUUUUUAUAUUUUAUUUAUGUUAGAUAGAAACACGCCAUUCCACUGUUGGUGACUGCUGAUUUUUUUUCACUUUGCUAAAUUAUAACCAAGGACUGUUUCAUAUUGGGCUUUGAAUUACAAAUCAACAACAUAUACUCCUAAAGUACUCCCCUAGGAGAAAAUCACAUGAACUUGAUUAAAAUGUACUUAUAUAUAUAUAUAUUACAUGUCAAACUUAACACGUCUUCAGGUGAAUCUCAAGAAAACAUGUCCAGGUCACAUUUCAGGCCAAAAUCAAUAGAUACUUCACUUGAUUUUACAUUACUAAUUUUGUUCUGUUUUACAUGAAAAUAAAGCCUGUGUUUGCAACCAUUAAAGAUC